GUACUGCUUCGUAGCCAACUCCCCUCCUGGCACUGCAGACACCCGGGUUCAGCACGGGUACAACACAAGGCUCACAGGUCCAAUCGUCAUCGUAGGUCUGUCCUGUCGGCGGUCCCCUUACCCAUUUUUUUGCUGGGGCCGAUGUCGCAUCACGUGCAUUAAAGCGCCAAGUCCCCUUUGGUGCUAGCGCCAUCCAACGCUGAGCUCAACGCUCAACACCGCGAAAUUUCGGAGCUCCUGUUUAUCGCGAGGGCCUUUCGUUCUUCUUCCUUGACAACUCACCCCUCGAUUAAAUAGACUCAGAGGCAUCUCCAGUGUGCCGUGAUGUUCUCCCGAGCUCUCAGAGUCCCCAGGGCGCUGCCUCUGCGCGCCAGCGCCCGGGCUGCGCCGAUUGCGCUGGCGGUUCGAUCCGUCACCACGGAUGCCGCCUCGUCUUCGUUGAGCAACUCCGUUCCUCAGUCCGAGGAUGAGCCAUUCCAGGUUACCCUGAGCGACGAGAGUUUCGAGACAUACGAGCUGGACCCUCCGCCUUAUACCAUCGAGGUGACAAAGAAGGAGCUCAAGCAGAUGUACUACGACAUGGUAUCUAUCAGGCAGAUGGAGAUGGCGGCCGACCGUCUGUACAAGGAGAAGAAGAUUCGAGGUUUCUGUCACCUUUCCACCGGCCAGGAGGCCGUCGCCGUCGGUAUCGAGCAUGCCAUCACUAAGCAGGACGAUGUGAUUACCGCCUACAGGUGCCACGGUUUCGCCCUGAUGCGCGGCGGCACGGUCCGAUCCAUCAUCGGCGAGCUCCUUGGCCGCCGCGAGGGUAUCGCCUACGGCAAGGGUGGAUCCAUGCACAUGUUCGCCAAGGGGUUCUAUGGCGGUAAUGGCAUUGUUGGCGCCCAGGUCCCUGUCGGCGCCGGCCUGGCUUUUGCCCACAAGUACAACGAGAACAAGAACGCCUCCAUCAUCCUCUACGGCGAUGGUGCCAGCAACCAGGGACAGGUCUUCGAGGCCUUCAACAUGGCUAAGCUGUGGGGUCUCCCUGCUCUGUUCGGCUGCGAGAACAACAAAUACGGUAUGGGUACCUCCGCCGCCCGGUCUUCGGCCUUGACCGACUACUACAAGCGCGGCCAGUACAUCCCCGGUCUCAAGGUUAACGGCAUGGACGUCUUGGCCGUCAAGGCCGCCGUCAAGUAUGGUAAGGAGUGGACCGCGAGCGAUAAGGGGCCGAUGGUGCUCGAGUACGUCACCUACCGAUAUGGUGGCCACUCCAUGUCCGACCCUGGCACCACCUACCGUACCCGUGAGGAGAUUCAGCGCAUGCGCUCGACCAACGACCCUAUUGCCGGACUGAAGCAGAAGAUCCUGGACUGGGAGAUUGCGAGCGAGGAGGAGCUCAAGAAGAUCGACAAGGAGGCCCGGAACCACGUCAACGUGGAGGUUGCUGCUGCUGAGGCCAUGGCUGUCCCCGAGCCGAAGCCGGAGAUUCUUUUUGAGGACAUUUAUGUCCGUGGCAGCGAGCCUCAGUACAUCCGCGGCCGCACUCCCGACGAGAACCACUACUUUGCCCAGUAGAUGGAUGACCUGCUCCUGCACGCACCCCACAGCGGUCCUAUAAUGAAUCCCUUGAACUCUGCGCCUUGUGUACUAUAGUCCCUGCAGAUAGAGGACGGGAAUGGUCAAUCAGAC